CAGUGGCAAGUCCAUGCUUCAGAGCAAAUUACAGAUAAAUAGAGAGGCACAGCGAGAGGGAAGAAUUGAGUAAUUGUCUCGGAGACAUAAUUGGUGUCUCGUAUUGCGUGUUGGUGAUACUCGUGUGUUGGUCCAGUGCGACAUCCCUUUGAGCCGACGCCCCUAGAUUCUAUCUACCACGACGCCUCGCACUCUUCUUUAAGUUGCUAAGCUUUAUUGAUAGCCUGUUAUCAAUCGAGCAGCAGUAAGCAACUUGUAAAACCUAUAACUGAACCUUAUCUUUCACCUACGUCUUCCACCAUGCCCAUUGUCACAGCAGCAACUGCUCUCCGGCGGUCUCUUGAGGACCCCAAGUCAUUCAUCGUCGCACCGGGUGUUUACGAUGGUCUUUCCGCUCGGAUUGCCUUGUCUGUGGGGUUCGAUGCACUGUACAUGACUGGAGCCGGUACUGCAGCCUCCGUCCACGGCCAAGCCGACCUCGGUAUCUGCACCUUGAAUGACAUGCGCGCCAAUGCUGAGAUGCUCGCCAACAUCUCGCCCUCUACCCCCGUCAUCGCCGACGCAGAUACCGGUUACGGCGGUCCGAUUAUGGUCGCUCGCACAACAGAGCAAUACUCGCGCUCGGGAGUGGCCGCCUUUCACAUCGAGGAUCAGGUGCAGACCAAGCGCUGCGGACAUCUCGCGGGCAAGAUACUGGUAGACAAGGAGACGUACGUCAGUCGCAUCCGGGCGGCGGUGCAGGCGCGGAAGCGCAUGGGCAGCGACAUCGUCGUGAUUGCGCGGACCGACGCGCUCCAAGGCCACGGCUACGAGGAGAGUGUGGCACGGCUGCGGGCGGCGCGGGAUGCGGGUGCAGACGUCGGCUUCCUCGAGGGGAUCACGUCCAAGGAGAUGGCGCGGCAGGUGGUUCAGGAUCUGGCGCCGUGGCCCAUGCUGCUGAACAUGGUCGAGCAUGGGGCGACACCGUCGAUUUCGGCGGAUGAAGCCAAGGAGAUGGGGUUCCGUAUCAUAAUCUUCCCCUUUGCGGCAGUUGGACCUGCUCUGACCGCUAUCCGUGAGGGUAUGGAGAAGCUCAAGAGGGAUGGUUUGCCGGGGUUGAGUAAGGAGUUGACGCCCCAGAUGCUGUUCCGCACAUGUGGCUUGGACGAGAGUCUCAAGGUAGACGCACAGGCAGGAGGAGCAGCGUUUCAGGGCGGAGUAGACUUGGCAGAUAAGGAGUAG